AUGAUCGGUGGCGGCGUCGCGACCCCUCCUGGUACUGCCAAGUCGGCGGCUGCGAUCGACAGCGAAAUGGUGCAGGUCGACGGCAUUGGCAGUGGUAGUGUCAGUGGCAGUGCUAGUGGUAGUGGUAGCCCCGCGACAGGCGCGAGUACUACGCGUAUCGCCAACAACAACUCCAGCGGCAACUCUAGCGGCAACAACAACAACAAUAAUAACAAUAAUAACGUUGGGGACGUUGCGAACAACAACAACAACAACAACAACAACGAGGGACACGCGGUGGUGAAUUGCAGCGGCGGGGCCCCGUUGACCGACAAGUUUUGCUGUCACGACGACGAUGCCCCCGUGAGCACCGGCGUCGCCCGACCUUGGGAACCACCCUCGCCGACCUUCUCGCAGACGAGGUCGCAUCUGUUUCAGGUCCAUCCACCACACCAUCAUCAGCAUCCAGCCGCGCAUCACCAUCAACAGAUGACCGUGCCUCCAGUGUCGUUGAUCGACG